AUGUCUGUGUCGCACACAGAGCGCGUGUUUACCGCAGACGAUGUGGUUUGGGUUCGAGAGCGUGCGGAGUGUGCGAAGAAAUCUUUAUCAGCGAAUGAGGUGUAUCAAAUAGCAUCGCAUGUGUUGUCAUCAAUUGGUCGUUCGCGCGAAAUGCCUCGUAUAGUGGCAUUCGGCCAGCAGUCGAUGGGGAAGACUACAUUGCUGGAUUCAAUACUGGGGGCGCCUAUGGGAUUUUGUUCCAGCCAGAUGGCUACCAAACAGCCGAUUGAGAUAUCGAUGAGUCCCUCGGCGGAUGAUCAAGUGAGUGUUCGUAUAAAGGACCGUAUGGCCGAAGCAGCGCGUGAGAUGGAUGUGGAUGAGCUGCCGAGAUUUAUGAAAGAGCGAAUGGAUUCGAUACAGGGGGUGGUGUCCGAUGAAUUGCACAUCGAAAUUAGCGCCCCUAACUCUGUGCACAUGGUGGUGGUCGAUUUACCAGGUGUUCAAUUAAGUAAUGAAAGGACCAAGGAAAUUACUAAACGCAUAGUUCGGGAUUACAUUACCCAUAACCCCAACAAUCUGUAUGUUUGGGUCACCAGUAUGACGAAUGACCCAGGUAACACGCACCACGAGUUUACUGACUUCAUAAGCGAACUGGGACUUAACUCUGAGCAAACCAUUAUGGUCGGAACGAAAUCCUUGAAGUUCUUGGAUGACCAAGCACUAGAAGACAAGUCGCAACGCCGACUGUGGGAACGUAUUAUGCAAGUGCAACCUUUACAAGGUCAAAUAAUUCCCAUUUAUCUCCUAGAGCUGUUUCAGCUGGACCAAAGGGAAAGGGAGAAGCCGUACUCCGAGAGAGCUAAGAUCAUGUUCGAUUGCUUAACGAAAGGUUAUGAUGCAUGCCAGAGACGUUUAGAGUCCUUCGUUGAUGAUAACAGGACGGAAACAAAGCAGUUGUCGACGAGCCAAGUCGUUGAAUAUGGGGCAAACUCUGAAUAUGGGGCGAACCCUUCCAGAUUAUUGAGUGCCAUAUAUCGUGGGAAGGGGAGGGGGAGUUCUGCAUGGGGUGGUAGUAAGCGAAGAAGCGCCGAGAGCCAAGGUUUGCUAGAUCUCUUCGACUACGAUAGGUUCAUUGACCAUCUGCAGGAGCUGAUUAACGCGUUGAUAGCUCGAAGUCUGGAAAGGGAAUCAAUAAGUUUAGAAGAGAGUAUCGUUCGACUCGAGAAGGAAAAGAAGGAGCUACAGAAAGAGUUGGAGAAGAAAGAGGGCUUGCGUGGGCACUUGCGUGAAUAUCUUCAUGAGAUUGCCUGCACUGCGACGGAAAUUAAAGACGGCCGGUACCAACCUAGAUCCGAUGAGACUGUUGAAAGAUUUUUGACCAAGUAUGGUGCUACCUUAGAACAGGACUUGGUCGCAGGAGAUCGUUUGGCAUACAGAUUGUUUGGAAAUAAUUAUGAUUGUAGCUAUCCUGCUGGGUAUUGGACGAAGGCCCUUGGUCAUAUGAGAGAAGCCGCUGACUACCGAUGGGAUCGUGAAUGGGAGGCUAUUACAAGUCCAGUGGAUAACGAUGAUAAUAAUACAGAGGAUAAUUUUCGUCAGGAUAUAGUACCUCGACCCCAUCGGAGUUGUGAAUUUUGCCCGGGUCAGCUUGUUCGAUCGCGGCAUAAUAGUAGUCGUGAGGCGGAAGGAGAGUUCCUAAUGAUGCUCGGAGUCGUGAGGAAACGAUUGGUUCAGGAGGAAGAGCAGACAGCCGCACCAGUGAAUGUAUCCAUAUUUUACGCCGAAAAACAACAGCCUGGAGACCAACAGACUGUUGGAGGCCAACAGACUGUUGGAGACCAACAGACUGUUGGAGACCAACAGAUUAAUUUGGAGAACGACCCGGAGGGUAGUAACAUUCGGGAAGUGGAGAGCGCUGGAGAAUUGGAUAAAGAGCUAAAAAGCACGAACAUAACCGGUCGACUGAACUGGUGGCGGAAACAUCGCGAGAGAUCGCGAGACCCGGAAGACCUUCAGGUAGUGGUACCUAUAUUUUAUAUUAGGUCGCAGAAAAUACCCGAAUCAUCCGGCAUACUGGCGUGGCUACUGAACCAGUCUCGAGGUUGGUUCACUUUGCAGCUUGUUAGAGUGAAAUCUAUUCAAUGGUCGAAACAGGACCCCACCGCAUCCCAUUGUGCUGACCUUUCUCAAGCACCGCAGGGAAGAGCCUGGGUUAUCAAUGUGGCACAUGAGGAAGGCGCCCAAGAAAACUCUCAGCAGAACGAGCAUAAAAUCCCAUGGGUGAGGCAGUACAUUUCUCCUAGACUGCUGUCAAUGCCUGGGCAUAAGGAUUGCUAUGUGGAUAAGGGAAAUGAGUAUUGCGUUUCAACAGACAGAUUGUUCGUUGACGCUCGUCCUGACGAGUUGAAGGAGCUAAUGCGACCAAGCGACUUUUAUUUGUGUGGAGGAAUCAGUGCGGAGUCAAAAAUCUGCAACCAUCUUUCUUUAAGUACAAUUGAGACGUGGCUUUCGCGAGUCAUGGCUGGAAUGCAAUUCAACCACUCGAUUAGCAAGGAGACAAUCGAGCAAGGGAUGCAGCGAAUUGAUGGGGUUAUGAACAAGUCGGCGAUGGAGCCUGGUGUAGCGACGGAGAUAUCCGCCUUCACCAAAAAAACUGUGCUUCCGUUGACGCUACUGGCCGUAUGCAGCGCAGCACACGCGUGUGCGCGAAUGCUCCGGGCUGCUGUAGCAGACGUGAAUGCUUCUAUAAGUCCCCAGCACUCGUACUUGGCCAAAUCUCCCGUGCUACAGUUGUAUAUAGAGGAGGCGAUCACCCCAUUUAUCGGCAACUGGGCCGAGAAUGCCGCGCGUAAGAUGGCUUGCGUUGUUGAGGACGCCGGCGCCAAAAUUGAUUUUGGUGGCUUGGAGGGGCAAUUCGAGCUGUGUUCCAUGUUUGAGCGUUUCCAGCUGAAGACAAGAACGGCGGAAGCUCUGUGUCGACGAGUUAAAGCGGAAGUGACCAAGCGCUGGCAAGUCAUAGGACGCAAUGAGAAUUCGGAGGGGGCAGUCACGAACGUGUGCAAGCUCGAGUUCUGGAACGUGAAAAUGGUGCUGCAUAGAUUAUGUCCCAUCCGACUCCACCAGUCGUUUUCAGUGGGCUUUGCGGAAUCCAAGAAAGAUGCUCGUAGAGGAUCUAACCACGUCGCAUCUCUUUGUUUCGAGACCGACAUUACUCAGAGACUAAUGUUUGAUAAAGAUGAGUGUCGGUCAACGGACGAGGAACCUUCAGGCAAUGAAGAACUCGGCAACGAAGAACUUGCCAUGAAGUAUGAGCUAUCGACAUCCGAUUUCAGGAAAAGGCACGAAGAGAUUUCAAACCAUGCUGACAUGCUCCGGUUAACGCGGCAAAUUCUCACUCGACUAAAACAUUUAAUAAACGAAGGACAACUUGAUUUUCUUCAGAAAGUCAGGGCAAGCAACGCCGGCACUCGUGCAUGA